GCUCUUAAGUUUUAGUCCGGUUAUCAACUGCAAGCGGAGUGUUUCAAAAAGGGAAUAGUGAUGUGUGUAUUGGUCUAGCAGAUUACGGUUCUUGUUCGUUCUCCUGUUUUUUCUUUCCCCUCGCCUAUUUUUGAAUACCGUUGGCUGCCGAAACUUUUCAAUUAUCAAAAAUAAGAAAAUAAAAAUUACAAAAUUUCAAUCGUGAAUCGGGUGUGUAAACUGUAAAAACGUAGACAAAUCAUUGGCAAUAGUGUUGGCGAAUUAAAUAGAAAGAAUCUAAUUGAAUCACAAUCUCUACAAAAGCCGUACUCAUGUUACUAAUCUCGGAAUCCAGCAAUUUUGUGGGUAUUUCUUCUUUGUGAACGGUGCGAGAACAUUUUUUAAAAUAAUGAUGAUUAAAUUUGUGGUGAGUUUAAGAUUUAAAAAAUUAUUGUUCGUGAUGUAAAUGUAGGUUUAACAAGAAACAAUGUACAUUUUAACACACGCAUACACCUUUAGAGCAAAACCCAUCAUAAAUAAUAACAAGAACAACUCCCAUCAAUUAGAAAGUAUAACAAGAGUACCCCUUGAGGGCUUCAGUGCUACAAUUUUGUUAAAGUCCUAAAAGUAAUAAAAUUAAGAUACAAAAUUCUUAGUGUGGUGAUUUAUACGAAAUGUGGUGAACGUGAAACUUGUUUUAUAUAACUGAAUUUGCAAAAGAAGGAUGCUGUAAUUAUCACUUGAUUAAUAAUAAGAGGAAAAUCUUCUAAUUCCCUGUUCAGCUCACUACUUGCCUUUUAUUUAUUUAUAGAAUCUCUAUACUCUCCUAUACUUCAAAAAAGUUUGAAUAUCGCGCACAAACAAAAAUAAAAAAAAAAACAACAAAACCCAACUUAUCAGUUUUUUUUUGCAUUAAAAUUACAUAAAUUAUAAGUAUUUGUAACUUUUUUUUUUAAAAUCCAAAACCAAAAAUAAACUAAAAGGCAGUUUUAAAACGUUCACAUAUUGGAUAUGCACAACUGUUGAAGAAAAAAAGAAGGCGAAAAAAACUAACAAAUUAAAGAGCACGAUAUAACGGAAAAGCUUCCUGUAUAACUUUUAAGGGAUCCUGAAAUAGAUAAAAAAUAAUAAUAUAAAACGUGUCACCAACAACGAAUCCAGCGCUGACAAAAUUCGGCAUUUUAUAUAGUACUUAUGUUCUGAAACAUGAGGCUUUUAAUCAGCGCUUUGUUGCUGGCAACACUAUAUCAUAAUGUAACAGCCAACGGCAGUGCUAGUAGUAUUAACACCGGUAGCAGCAGUAACAGUGGCGUAAGCAAUAGCGGCGGCCCAAGUAGCACCAGUAGUAUAAGUAGUAGUAUUAAUAGUGGUAGUAGCAGUGGUGGUGGAAACCAAUCAUCAUCCUCGAAAAUUAACAAUUAUAGCAGUAUAAUAACUCGACAAGUACAAUUUGACACAACUCUGAAUCAUCUGGUUGUGGACACAAUAACCGGGCGUGUUUAUGUUGGUGGCAUAAAUCGUCUAUUUCAACUCUCGCCGGAAUUGGAACUACACGAAUCCGUAACAACCGGACCUCAAAAUGAUUCAGUCGAAUGUACUGUUCUCGACUGUCCGGCGCAUGCUGUCCGGCAGCCUACGGACAACGUGAACAAAGUGUUGCUCAUCGAUAGAGCAACAUCUCGAUUAAUAUCUUGUGGUUCAUUGUUUCAAGGCAUUUGUACGGUGCGUAACUUGCAAAAUGUCAGCAUUAUCGAACACCAAGUAUCAGACGCCGUCGUUGCCAACGAUGCUAAUUCCUCGACGGUGGCAUUUAUAGCCCCAGGUCCACCACAGCCGCCAGUUACAAAUGUAAUGUACGUUGGUGUAACAUACACCAACAACUCACCAUAUCGUAGUGAAAUCCCUGCUGUGGCAUCACGUAGCCUUGAAAAUCAAAAACUAUUCCAAAUUGCGUCCUCUGCUGUAACGACAGGAACACGCAUAUUCAUUAAUUCAUAUGCCCGCGAGUCAUAUCUAGUAAAUUAUGUUUACGGUUUUAGUUCGGAGAAAUUCUCGUAUUUUCUCACAACACAGCUCAAGCACAACCACCACUCCACGCCCAAGGAGUACAUUACCAAAUUGGUGCGCAUCUGUCAAGAGGACUCCAACUAUUAUUCGUACACAGAAAUUCCUGUAGAUUGUAUUGAUGCCCAAGGUGGCACCAAAUACAAUCUCGUUCAAGCUGGUUUCUUGGGCAAGCCCGGCUCAGAUCUCGCCUCAAUUUUAGCCAUAACCGAACAAGAUGAUGUGUUGUAUGCGGUCUUCUCGGAGGGUAAAGGCAACGUGUCUACCGAUAAUUCAGCGCUAUGUAUAUAUUCGCUGAAAUCAAUUCGAAGAAAAUUCAUGCAAAACAUCAAAUCUUGCUUCAAUGGAAAUGGAGCCCGCGGGCUUGAUUUUAUAUCACCGAAUAUGGAUUGUGUUUCAACUAAAUUGCAAACUAUUGGCGAGGACUUCUGUGGUCUUGACGUAAAUUCGCCAUUAGGUGGUGAACAUCCCAUAGCUGCUGUACCAGUUGCAAUAUUCAAUAAGCGUCUAACAGCUGUUGCUGCAACUCGUACCAGUGGCUAUACGGUUGUUUUCAUCGGUACAGCUGAUGGUUAUCUGAAGAAGAUAGUUGUUGAAUCGGCCAGUUCGGCCAUCGAAUAUGCUAACAUUCCUAUAAAUAUUGGAUCGCCAAUAAAUAGUGAUAUGCAUUUUGACAAUCAAAAACUCCACAUUUACGUGAUGUCAAAACAUGGAGUCUCCAAAGUGAAAGUCUACGAUUGUUCCGAUUAUUUGACGUGCGGUCAAUGUUUAGGUGCACGUGACCCAUAUUGCGGAUGGUGUUCGUUGGAAAAUAAAUGCAGUCCACGGUCAACGUGUGAAGAUGACGCCAAUGAUCCAUUGUACUGGGUUAGCUAUAAGACUGGAAAAUGUACAACAAUAACAAGUGUUGUGCCACAUCAAUUACAACGAACUACAGCUAGAACGUUGGAACUGAUAAUCGAUCACCUACCUCAGCUAAAGGAAAAUCUAGUAUGUGCCUUCACAACCGAAGAGAAGGCUUUAUUUACAAAUGCUACCAAAAAACGAAAUGGAGUCAAUUGUACAACACCACGAACUGAUAUGCUACCACAAAUCGAACAAGGACGACACCAUUUCACAGCUAAACUAUCGGUUCGAACGAAAAAUGGUCCUGAUUUGGUUUCAACCGAUUUUACAUUUUUCGAUUGUAGCACACAUUCUUCGUGUACCAGAUGUGUAUCGUCAGAAUUUCCAUGUGACUGGUGUGUUGAAGCCCAUCGUUGUACCCACGAUACGGCGGAGAAUUGUCGCAAUGACAUUCUUGUUACUGGAGUCAGUCGUAUUGGGCCAAGUUAUAGAUCUGGACCUGGUUUUUGUCCAACCAUCAAUGCCACAGGCGAUGGCAGUGAAGUACUUGUUGCUGCAGGCACAAGCAAAUCCAUCAAAGUCAAGGUGCACAUUAUUGGACAAUUUAUUGUCCAAACCCGUUUUGUUUGUCAAUUUAAUAUUGAAGGGCGUGUGACAUCAUUGAAUGCCCAACUUUUGGGUGAUACAAUUUAUUGUGAUAAUAUGGAAUUUCAAUAUUCUUCAAGAUCACCAAAUCUUACGGCUACAUUUGCUGUUAUUUGGGGUGGAUCAAAACCACUGGACAACCCUCAUGAUAUACAUGUUGUGAUUUAUCGCUGUCGUGAUAUGGCCGAUAGUUGUGGUAUAUGUUUGGCUUUGGCUGAAAAGUACAAUUGCGGUUGGUGUUCAUCAACAAAUUCAUGUGAGGUCGAAGAGCAAUGUAAUAAAAAUAAUGAAGGAAAAACUGAUUGGCUAAAUCGCAUGGAGACAUGUCCUAAUCCAGAAAUUCAGUCGUUCUCACCGAAAACUGGUCCUUGGGAAGGCGGAACCAAUAUAACAAUACAAGGCAUCAAUUUAGGAAAGAAUUUUACUGACAUCUACUCAGGUGUUCGUAUUGCCGGAAUUAACUGCAUGCCAUUUCAACAAUUCUAUGUAGACACGAAACAAAUUGUUUGCACUGUUGACAGUCCUGGAGUGCAGUUGUAUCGAAAUGGCCGUAUAGUUGUACAAAUUGGUGACUAUCGUGGUGAAUCGAAAACAGAUUUUGAAUUUGUGGAUCCGAAAAUAGAUGAUUUUAGUCCGAAAUUCGGUCCCGUCUCAGGUGGCACCCAAAUUAUGAUCUUCGGCAAGUAUUUAAACGCUGGCAGUCGGAUACAAUCGUUCAUUAAUGAUCACCUGCCUUGUGAGAUAUUAAGUACCAAUGCUACUCAAGCUUUAUGCCGAACAAGCUCAUCCCCAGGAAUUAUUGAGGGUCGCUUAAAAAUGCAUUUUGACAAUGGAAUUCGUGAGUUUAAUGACUACAAUUUCAAAUACGUAGAAGACCCGACAAUUGAAUCUGUAAGUUCAGGUCAGUCUGGUAUAAAAUCACCCAAAGGUAUUCCAGCGGGUGGUAUUAAAAUAGCCGUAAGAGGAAGUCAAUUCAAUUACAUCCAGAACCCGAAUAUGUAUGUGUAUUACAAUCAGAAAAUGUUUUUUAGCGAGUGUGAAGUUUUGUCGGAAAGUGAUAUGGUAUGCAACUCACCAGUUAUCAAUACCGGAUCAGUCGUACUCGAUGCUGAUAAACCUGAACAGCUAGAAUACGGUUUUCUGAUGGACAAUGUUAUCGGAGUACAAAAUCUUUCAGCCAAACAUAAUAACAAAUUCGAACUAUAUCCUAAUCCUAUAUAUGACCGUUUCGAAGAUCAAGUUAAAUACUAUAAGAGUGAAUACCUCACAAUUAAUGGAAAGAAUCUGGAUCGCGCUUGCAAGGAGAGUGAUGUACUUGUAAUGAUUGGCAAUGGAAUUUGCAAUAUAACUUCACUCUCCCGACAGCAAUUGACUUGCCGACCACCGUCGGAAUCGGCAGAUUCAAAUGAAGGGCCUGAAGUUGUUGUAAAAAUUGGCCAGUCAUUGGAAUAUCGCAUCGGGGUAUUGAGCUAUGCUUCGCCUAAUAUUAUGCACGGUCUGGGAAAAAAUGUGAUGUUCGGCGUGAUUGUCGGAGUGACAGCUUUGUUUCUUUUCUUCGUUUGUCUACUUGUGGCAUACAAAAAGAAAACAUCCGAAUCGAAUCGUGUAUUACGAAAUAUGCAAGAACAAAUGGACAUUCUGGAGUUACGAGUUGCUGCAGAAUGUAAAGAAGCCUUCGCUGAAUUGCAAACCGAAAUGACUGAUUUAACUGGUGAUCUAACAUCAGGUGGUAUUCCAUUCCUGGAUUAUCGUACGUAUGCUAUGAAAAUUCUGUUCCCCAAUGACAAAGAUCAUAAUGUGUUGCAAUGGGAAAGGCCGGAGUUGCUACGUAAAGAAAAAGGUCUUCGUUUGUUCGGCCAAUUGAUAAUGAAUAAAACUUUCUUGUUGCUAUUCAUACGCACCCUUGAAUCCAAUCGUUAUUUCUCGAUGCGUGAGCGAGUGAAUGUUGCUUCUCUCAUCAUGGUCACGUUACAAUCGAAACUCGAAUAUUGCACUGAUAUAUUAAAAACUCUUCUGGCCGAAUUAAUUGAAAAAUGUAUUGAAGGCAAAAGUCAUCCAAAAUUGUUGCUACGUCGCACAGAGAGUGUCGCCGAAAAGAUGCUUUCAGCUUGGUUUACAUUUUUGCUUUAUAAAUUUUUAAAAGAAUGCGCCGGCGAGCCACUGUACAUGCUAUUUAGGGCUGUAAAAGGUCAGGUUGAUAAGGGUCCUGUCGAUGCUUGUACUCACGAAGCUCGUUAUUCGUUAAGCGAAGAGAAACUUAUUCGCCAAUUGAUCGAAUUUCGACCUAUGACAGUUUUUGCCAGCAUCACGCAACAACCAAUGUUUUGCACAAACAUGGAAAUGAUGCCAACCAACACCGAAAAUGUUCAAGUUAAAGUUCUCGACUGUGAUACCAUUGGUCAGGUUAAAGAGAAAUGUUUGGAUACAAUCUAUAGGAAUAUUCCAUCCAGUCAACGACCAAGAAAGGAUGAUUUGGAUUUAGAAUGGAGAACAGGAGCAUCAGGUCGUGUUAUACUGUAUGAUGAAGACACAACAUCCAAAAUGGAAAACGAAUGGAAGAAACUAAAUACAUUACAACACUAUAAUGUUCCCGAUGGUGCCGGAUUAAGCUUAGUGCCCAAACAAAGCUCGAUCUAUAAUUUCUCAAUACUCUCAGAUAAAAAUGAAAAAUCUCAUAAAUACGAGACAUUAAACUUAUCUAAAUACACUUCAUCAUCGCCAACAUUUAGCCGAGCUGGCAGUCCAUUAAAUAACGAUAUACACGAAAAUGGUUUGAAAUAUUGGCAUUUAGUAAAACAUCAUGACAGUGAUUUACAAAAGGAAGGCGAACGUGUAAAUAAACUUGUAUCAGAAAUCUAUUUAACACGAUUACUCGCAACAAAAGGCACAUUACAAAAAUUUGUCGACGAUUUAUUCGAGACAAUAUUUAGUACAGCACACAGAGGUUCAGCGUUGCCUUUGGCUAUAAAAUAUAUGUUUGAUUUUUUGGACGAUCAAGCAUUGUUGCAUGGCAUAACUGAUCCAGAAGUUGUACAUACAUGGAAAAGCAAUAGUUUGCCAUUAAGAUUUUGGGUUAAUUUAAUAAAAAAUCCAAACUUUGUUUUUGAUAUUCAUAAGUCAAACAUAGUUGAUUCCUGCUUAUCAGUUGUUGCUCAAACAUUUAUGGAUUCAUGUUCCACGUCAGAUCAUAGAUUAGGUAAAGAUUCUCCUAGCUCAAAGCUACUUUAUGCAAAAGAUAUACCUGAAUAUCGCAAAUGGGUGGAUCGAUACUAUCGUGAUAUUAGAGAAAUGCCGGCUAUAUCAGAUCAAGAUAUGAACGCAAUGCUAGCAGAAGAAUCUAGAUUGGAUAUAUUUUCAUUACAGUUACACACAACAGAAUUUAAUACAAAUUGUGCCCUCCACGAAUUAUAUGAAUAUGCUGUGAAAUAUAAUGAACAACUUACUGUAACAUUGGAAGAAGAUGAAUUCUCACAAAAACAAAGACUUGCCUUCAAAUUAGAACAAGUUCAUAAUAUAAUGUCUGCAGAAUAGGUUUAAACAAGAUACAAAAAAAAGAAAACAAAAAAAAAAACAAAGCUUAAAACACUAAUAAUUAAGUUUAACUGAAUUAAAAGAAACAGUACAGUAAGAAUUAUGUAAAAAUAAGAAGAAAACAUGAAAAGCUGAUGAUGGUGUUAACAAUGGUGGGAGGAUAAAAAGGCAGCCAUACGCCCAAUUAAAACAAGCACAAUUCUUAAACGCCUAUCAAAUUAGGUACAUCAUGACAAGAUUUCUGCUCUCAAAAGUGAUAAAAGAUCUUUUAAAUGUCCAGAACUGUCCAUCAAGUUAAGUACCAAUUAAUAACAUGUAAGUUGCUGUGGUCUAUAAUCAAACAAGUCAUUUUACGUUUCGAAACAAGGGUUAAUGGCUACAUUAUGCAAGACUUUAAGGUAUAAAAGUCAGAAAGCUUCAUAAAAUUAAAUGUAUAUUAUAUCCUUUUUUGUAAGACAAUAAGACUCUGACAUUUGAAAAAAAAAAAUGAUAUUCGCAUGAGGUCAAAACUAAUAAGUUUUCUUCAGGUAAUUCUGCUCCUCCCUUUCUACUCUAGAUGAAAUUAUGUUUGUAGGCGGUUGAAAUAAUAAGUUUACCUCAGUUAAUUCCGCCCCUUCCAUUGCUAUUAUAUUUAAAAAAAAAAAAAGUGUGAUAAAAUCGAUUCUCACAUGAAUAUGUUUUUUAUCAUUAAAUUUUUUAUUACACAAUAAAUACCGUUUUCUUGUGCAUUGAUCGCCAGGCUAUUGUUUAUAAAAUAAUAAUUAUGUGUUGGUUGAAAGAUUCGUCGAAACCCAUAUGUUAUUAAAUAUACAAAUUUUAGUUAAUAAGCUGAAAUUAAUGUAUUAUUUUGUACUUGUCAUGUCAUGUCAAACGAGCUUAUAAACUUUUGUGAGUAUUCAUUUCCAUAUUCCUUUCAGUUAACAUAUUCAUUUUUAAUUAUAACAUUUUUUCCUUCUUUUAGUUGUGUUCUUUUGUUUUUGUAUAAAUUGUUAAUAAAAGACCAGUACACGUGCCCAUUCAUAAACAAACACAUACACAACUUCUCAUUAAUGACGAAUGUGCCUAUCGCACAAUCUGUGAUAAGCUUUUUUUAGUUCGAAAAAUUCAAAGUGUUUUUGUGUGACGUGGGCUUAGUAGCUUUGCCUGUUUUUGUGUAUUAUUUCAAAGUCUUAUUUUGUAGGUAUACAUUUUUAGUGGAUAGAUUAUAGGUUAAAAAAUAUAUGUGUUUAUAUUUGUAUUUGAAUGUUAAUGGAAAUAAGUAGGAAGACAGAGAACUUUAUUUAUUUGUUUCUGUUUAAAGUUUUUUUUUUAUACGUUUUGUGGUUGCUAUUAUUUUGUCAAAAUUUUAGUUUUUCUUAUCCAAAUUUAAGCUCUGUUAUAGAAAACUAUUGUAUAUACGUCUUUAUAGUACUAUUAUGCCCCAUAAUUUGUUGGUCCACCUCCGCAGCUAGUGGGGACGCUGUGUGUUUUCCAAACUCUUGCUGGAGAAUUAAGAAUGACCGGAGAAAAUAAUUGAAACAUAAGUCUCAAUAUGUAUUAGAGAGUCGGCUGUUUUGGCGCCAAAAUACAAAUAUUUUUCUCUUUAAAAUACGUUGCUAUUAUGAGCAUUACAUUCAAAUAUUAUUUUCUCAUUUCAAUUAGCAAAAUGUAAGCAAUUAAUUAUUUCUAUUAACGUCAUCAUUUUCAAAGACAUAAAUUUCUCAUAAGUCAGUAAACACAAAAAAAAAACAGACAUUUCAUUUCGAUUCCAUUUAAAUUCGAUUCCUUGAUCCAUAUACCUGGAUCGAAAUCUCAGUGUAACUUCGAUUGGAUUCAUCGAUCUCCUCUUGUAAGAAAGGUAAUUACCAACCUCGAUAUCUUACUACAUUUGCAUGUCUUCUUCUUCUUAAUUUUCUGUUCUUUAAUUAUUAUUAAAUUAUUCCUCAUUUUCAAGUCUCCACAAUCCUUCCAAAGCUAUAAGAAAAGGCGAUAAAAUGCUUCUUCUCCACACCUCUCAGAAGGUGCGUCCGUCAUUCCUCUUCAUAAUAGUACUUUUUUCAUCUCAUAUACAAUUAGAAAACUUAAACACCACUGCAUCCACAGAUUUGUUUUUCAUCUGAUUAUCUUUUUUAUGUUGUUCCUAUCUUGUCAUAUACUUUUUUGAUUUGUAAAAACUUUUUUAUCAAGCAAUUUAAAUAAGUUUUAAAUUUUUAUGAGAGUAAUUAUGUCUUUAUUUUUUUUUAAGUUUAAUGGUAAUGCAACGCGGGAAUAAUUCUUAGAGCCCUUUCAAAACUCUGUGUCAGAACCUUUGUUCAAAUUUCAUUUAUGUUUCAAGUUUAAAUGUGUUCUCCUUUUUCUUAUCCAUAUCAAUUGUUGAAGCAAAACCACUUGAAUUAUCACAAUCAUAUAAAAAUUACUCACGAACCAAAUCUAACACAUUCACAAAAUACAAAAUGGAGCAAAGAAGUCAACCUAACGAUUCUGACAUUUUUUUACUAUGGUAUUUAAAUUUUCUAUUAUUUAUCUAUUUAUGAUGCUAUUUAAAUGAAAUGAUUCAAUGUUUAAAAAUAUGAAGACAUAAAACGAUUGCCUUAAAACGGAGACAAAGUAUUUAGAAAAGCCAAAAACUUAUACUUUUAGUUUCAUCCCAUACGAAUUGUAUCUUAUCUCAAAUUAACCUACAGUCUUCGAUCUAUCUAUCCAAUGAUUGCGUCAAAAAUACAUUUACCUCCUUCAUUAAUUCUCUAAGAAAUUCAUUUUGCUGGUUUUCGACGUUUUGCUGGUCCCAAGUCUCUCUUUUUAUUUUUAACUCAUAAAAAAAACCUUCGACUCAUUGAAAAAUAGUUCACAUUCCAAAACGAAAAAAACACUUGAGUCGAUUUACAGCAUAUAUAUACUUUUUAAGAUUCCAAAAUAAUAAUAUAAAUGAAUUACGAAACUAAAAAAUAAAAAAAAGUAUUUUGUUUAAAAACAGGAACAAAAAUCAUACUAAACUAACUUAAAAAAUACUAAAGAGCUGAAUAAUUUGACUGAUUUUAACUAUAACUAUAAUUAUUUAAAUGUUAAGUUUAAUAAAUAAACUAGUUUUAUAAUUAUUUUUUAUAUUGUUGUUUUAUUUUAUUUCUUAAAAAUAUUUGAUUUGUAUAAUUUUAUUAUUAUUUUUUUUAAUGUAAACUUUAUUUUUUGUGAAAAUUUUUAAAAAUCAAACAAAUACUAAGAAUGUGUGAAUUUUUACCUAAUUUCACUUAACAUAAAAUCAAUUAAAUAAAUCAUAAAAUUUUUGAAAGGAAAGCAAUGUAAAUUAGGGUAUAAUUUAAACAAAAUUAAAUGAUAUAUUAGUGACAAGACACUUUACUCACAAUUUGUAUUUUUACUUCAAAUGUCUUACGACUCACAUUUUCCUCAUGGUAGCAAUAAAAAAAGACAAUUUUCGAGCCAUACAAAUCAAGGUCCAUGAAUGUAAAAGAAACAGUAAUUAUUUCGAUAAAUUCGGUUAGCUAUCUUGGCACAUGCAAUGCCGAAGGACUAUUUUUUACAACUUUAAUAUCUUUACCCUUUCUUUGAGUUGCUCCUUGCUUUGUAUAUUUGUGACGCACUAGACUCGAUUUUUUAUUCAAUCUCGCUCAUAUAUAAUCGGAUUCAAAAUUGAUAAAUAAAAUAUCCUUACGCAGUUAUAAAGAUUUGUUUAGAAAACAAUUAAAUGCAAAGUCGUGAAUGAUAUUAAAAAUGUAGAUAAUUGAAAACAUUGCCAUUUUCGAACAAUUAUUACAAACGUCAAUUAUUUUAAAUGGAAGAAUUGUUAUUCAAAUGCUUACUGAACCCUAAUACACAUUUAUAAUACUUAAAGCCCUUACAAGUAUUUCGUUCUGAAAAUGCUAUUCAAAAGAGUAUUUACUUCCACUUUUAAUUUCGUAUUUUCUAAAAGAUUUGAAACGACAAAAAUAUUUCAAAUCAAAUUAAAAAAUAAAUUAGGUGAAUAAGAACAAAUACUAAAAUUUAAAAUAAAAUUAAAGAAAAUAGAUUCUUUUGAUUUAUGGAUGGAUAAAGAAAGUUAUGAAAACGGAUCACAUAUUGUGGAAAUAGGCUAUAAAAUGUUUGGUGACAGUAAAUAAUUUCACCAUAUGAAACUUAUUUAGUAUGAAUAAUUCCUGCUUAAAGAUCCCUUUUAUUAAAAUGUGUUUUCUUAAAUUAAGAUUUUCUAAAACCUAUUCCUACUUCAAACUUGCUAUAGAAACUUAUUUUCCAAAUUCGAAAGCUUUUGACAAAUCGAAUUGCCAUGUACUUAAAUUUCCUCCUAGGAAAGGAGUAGAUUUCAUUCUUCUUAGAAAUAGAGUUCAAAAUAUUUGCGAUUUGUAAAUAUUUCCUUUCAAAACGAAAUAGAGAGAAUCUUGGCUUUGAAUUAUUUCCUUCAACUCUUGUUGCUAGCAAAAAACAAAAUAAAAUAAUUUAAUUAGUUCAAUUUCACUAUCUUCCCACCUGAUAUCAAAUAAAAAUUUUAUAAUCUUAUAUUUUGAAGCCCUUUUUUCUUAAGUGGAAUUCAGAAAGUUGAAUUUUCGUACCCGGCAAGCAUUCCAAUACGGAAAAUUUGGUUAAACAAAAAUCUUAUGACGGAUAUUGAAGACACAAAUCUUAUGCAUUUUUCAGAAAUUCUUGAAACCAAAUAAAUCUUAUUACAUGAAACUUUGAUCAAAAUAAGCACACAAAUAAUGCACAACAAAAAAUAGAUAAAUUGAGAUAUAAAUCUUUCUCUCCAAAAAAAAUGUCACCUUUUAUACCACUUGUCCAUAAUAUUUGUUGAAAUCGUUCUUCGUUAUUUUCCAUAUCGAUCCAUCGUGUAAAGAAAUCUAUUUUCUUUACUUCUCUUUAAAGCCUUUCCAUUAAAAGUGUAUUUUGUUCCUCUCCAGUUAUCAUCUUAUCAUGAAAAAUAAUUCGGGGCUCGAUAAAAAAAACCGUAAAAAGAAAAAAGUAAUAAGUUUAAAAUGUUUUAUUAAUAAUAAAACCAAAAAGCUGAACUUUAAAGUGCUUUUGAAUACUAUUUUUUUUUUGGAAUGAAAUACAGAAUUUAUCUUUAAGCUCUGAAAAUUUAAUUAUUUUUUGUUAACUUUAUAUACAUUUUUCAUUUAUUUGUUUGUAUUUUAUGUGAAUUUUCAAAACAAAAAAAUAAAGACUAAUUGCAAGAUAGCUACAUAUAUAUAUAUUUAUAUAUUUGCAAAAUAAUAAAUAAUCAAAUAAAAUAAAUAUUUUUGUUAAUGUAUAAUUCAAAUAAAAUAUAAAAUAAAAAACAUAGCAGAGUAUACCAUAGUAUAGAUUGACCAUAAUUUGAAUAUAGGUACCUAUGAAAUUGUAAAUUUGUAUAAUUUGCUUUUAUUUGUUUAUUUUUUCUUUAGCUUCAUUAUGUCUUAGUUUGGUUUUGUGUUUCUUAACAUCAGAGUCUGACGAUGGGUACGAGCCUAAAUUCAGUAAAGCAGUUUCAUUGCUUUGGCCUGGUCUUUUUUUUACUCAAAUAAAUAUUUAAGAUCGAGCCGAGUUGGACGGUGAUACAAAGAUGAAUAAAAAUUAAACCGAUAUUGUGUGUUAGAACAAAUUUAGAAUUAUUUAAGAAAAGUUUAAGCUCGCAAUUAAAGUUAAAUAUUGCCUUUACGUUUUUCAAUUUUUGUUGAAAAAAUGCUUCACUGUGAAUGCACGGUUUUUCAAGAAAUGAAAAUGGAAUCUCGACACGCUCUUAUCUUACAUUAGUUUACGUAAUUUGUCAACAUCAUGGAUGUAAUUUUUGAACUGUCAAUUAAUCAUACUCUAUACAAGUGUGUAAAUAAUUUCGAGACGAUUUAAUUUCACUCUAUAGAAAUUGACAGUGAGCAAAGAAUCAGGAACUAAUAGACAUCUGAUGGUUUAUUUUGUAUUUAUCAUUUAAAUUGUAACUAUCAUAGUAAUGCGAGAUAAAUUAUCUUCAAUUUGUGUAAGUAAUGAUUAUAAUGAUUAUUUUUAUAAUCAUUGUAAAAUUUAAUGUAAUAUGUAAAAUUUUCUGUUUGUAAAUAAAAUUUAACUUUAUUUAUUAUUUUCAUUGUUUUUUUUUUUUUUAAUUUUACCCACAAAAAUGCACGUUUUAAAGGAAAAUUUUCCAAAUUUUCAUUUGCUCUUGGAAAACAUGACUUUUAUUGUAGUAUACUUGAUUCAACGACUCAUAUCUUUUAAACCAUACAUUUUAGCGGAGUACACUUUUUUGUCUAUACAACGGUGUAGCACUCUUUUUCUCCAGGCCUUGCAAUUUUCAAGAAAUGAGAAAUUUAUAAGAAAAAAAAAACACACUGGAGGCCUGUUCUGCCCAGUUGAUGAGAGGGAUGAACCACAUUAAGGUCUUUUGUAGAGCGUUCAAUUCUUAAACCUUCUUAUAAAAUACUCCUGACCUAUAGAAAUCUAAAGAAGAAAAGGCUCAGGGAAUUGGUUUUUGUGACAUUUUCAACAAAUGUCCACAACUGGGCCAAACAAAUACUCGCCCAAAAAAGUAUAUAUGCAAACGAGUACUUCCACACUAUUUGGAACAAACAAAUUAUGAAGAACUUAUUUUUGAAAUGUUACAAUAGGAAUUGAAUGGUAAGUUAAUUGAUAGGGUGGGUGAAAGGACAAUGUGGAUUUUGGUCGUGGAACCAACAAUUAAAAUAUGUACCAAAUGCUAGCUUAUCACUACUAAUAUUAAUUUUAUAAUUUAACCCCAUGGGGACGCCAGAGAUCAGUGAUAUUACCCAUUGAAACAUUAGAUGUUUUUGUUCAAUUUUCUCCGUAAGCACUUAAUGGGUCUAUAUGAUUUAUUUAUCGAUUUUGCUUGGACUUGUUAAUCUGUGCGUUGAACAUUUCUUUGCUUUUGGUUCCACUUUUUUUAAAUUCCCAAAAAUGUUUUCAAAAAAUUUGUUAGAUUGUUAAUUCUUGACGACAACUAUUUUCUUGUAAUUUGUUUGUAUUUCGAGUGUGCCAUUGCAAAAUUCUUGCAGCAGCUGCGAAGACACAAUUUAAUUAUAUACAUAUAAUAUUUUGUUUUCAAAAAAUGCUACAUGAAAACAUUUACAAAAAAUUCAAAAAAUAUCUUACAAUUUUGGUCCUUCCACUUUUUUUGUGAUUUUAAGAAAUCUUUUGAAAUUUUCAUAAAUAAACCAUACGAUGGUUCAAAAAUAAUGUUUUUAACAUGACUCACUAAUAGCAACUGUUUCCAAAUUAAAUUAAAUGAUUUAAAGCUUAAAACCACUUGACUUAAAAGACAAACCUAUGAUACUGAAUCACAUUAAAUGAACAUUGUUUUGUAAAAAAAAAUAGUGUUUGUUAAUAAAAACUUCACGUGGAUACGCAAAUUUUAUGUUUUGAGUCCCUUAGAAUUGUUCUAAAAUUGUUUCCUUUUUUUUAAGUCUUUAUUGCGAAAUUACUUUGCAUUGUUUCUUUUAUUAUUUGUUUAAUGUAUGAUUUUAUUUAACUACAUUUGAAAUAUAUAUUUAUAUUUAUUUAUAACCUCCCCAGGUUAAAAACCUGUAUCGUUCUAUUAAAAUAUUUUAAGAGAAGUCAAAAACUCUUGAAAGUCUCGAAGAUUUUUGUAAUUCCCAGCAAUAGUUGAAACAAUUAAAGUCCUUGGCACAACGAAUAUGGAUUUUCGAAUCGUCAAAAUUUGAUUAAAGAUAAUGAUGGUUAAUGAGAUCUUUAAACAACAGCAACAUAUUUCCUAAUAUACUCGUAGUAUAGUAUAUCUAGUGUCGUUACGCAUCGAUUCCUUUUUGUAUGUAUGUUAAAUUCAUACCCAAUUUUCAAUUUGCAUUGUCGUUCAAACAUAUGAAAUACAAUACCUUGAUUUGUCAUCUAUGCAAACCCGUUUAUCUUCCAAAAUGAAAAUUUACAUAAAUUGUAAAUUGGAAACAAAAAACUAUUGAAACAAAAAAAAAUAAUAUGCAUUAUAAAAGCCCAUAUUCUAACCCUAUAAACGUAUCCAAUCUAAUUUAAGGAUCACAAGAAAAGCAGAAUUAUGAAUUUUCGAAAAUUGCGAAAAAAAAACAUAAACUUAUUACGAAAAAAUCUAGAAAGUCCCCACGCUGAUUACAAAAAAUAAGUAAAAUACCGAAACAAAGAGAAUUAUUUAUAGUUGAAUAAAAAAGAUAAUAAUUAAAAAAUAUAUAUAAUGAUAGCUUUUUAUACAAAGAAAUAAAAAAUACAUAAAUGAAUUUAAAGAAAAAAAAAAUAAAAAUCAUACUACAUAGAAAUAAUCCCAACGUCUAGUAAUUGUGAAAACAUUAAAAAAAGAAAAAAGAAUUAUAGUGACUAAAUUUAAAUAUAAUUAAAUGUUUGUUAAUGAAGAAAACACAAUUAAAAAAAUUCCUUUUCGUUUUCAUUUAAAAUGUAUGUAUAAUAAUAAUAUAAAAUUAAGUGUUUAUAUAGAUAAACAUGUAUAUAUAUAUAUAUAUCUUAUAUAUAUAUUUAUAUACAUAGAAUAUGUAUAUAUAGAUAUGUGUAGAUGUUUGCACAUUUUUUAAUCACUUUAAAUGACGAUAUGAAUGGAAGUAACUAUAAAACAGUAAAGGAAACAAAUUAUGUAAUUGUAAAGUAGAUUUUUUUCGGUGCAAACAAUCACUGUUGUGCAUUAUAAUUUGAAAUGGUGUUUAUCCUUUCUUUCAGAAAUAAUAUAAAAUAUAAACAAAGAAUUUAUUUUUCGUAAAAAUUAAUAUAAAAAAGAAAACAAAAAAGAAUAUUUUUUGUAUCUUGUAGAUAGGAAUCAACAAUUAAAAAAUAUAAGUAAUAUUCACAAUAACCUAUUAUGACGAACAAAUUUAAUUUUUAUUUUAUUUUUGUAUCCACUUUAAUUUUUUGUUUUGAAUAUUUUAUAUUCUUUUUAUUAUUGUUGUAAACUUGGUUGAAACUAAAGAAAAAAUAAAACAGUUAGACGAAAUAAUCAGGAAAUAAACGAGAAUUAUUUUUACUGUACUAGAUUGAAAGUUAAAUUAAAAUGAAUCAGCAUCAAUUCAAUUCUGAAGUUCAUUGUGGUUUCAUUGUUGCCCAAGACAAAAUAUUUGUAUGCAUUUGGUAUAUUUUUGUAAGUGUUGGUAUACAAUUUUAAUUUGUUUAUUAUAUUUUUAACCAUCCUAUUUUUGUUUAUGCAGCUGGGUUUCAUUUUUCUCUCCAAGCUUUUCAAUUGCCUAUAUUUUGAAUUGAACAUAUUUUUCAAACAUAUUUCAAAAUACCACUUCAAAAGGAAAUGCUGAUUUUUUCUUAAAUGAAUCGAAGAUAAACUCCUGUCUUAACAUCAACACAAUUGGCCUAGUAUUUCCGAUUGUGUCUUCAGUUAAGACCUUAUUAAGUCACCUAGUGGCUGUUUUUAUCGCCCCCUCUAGUUAUUAUUAAUUUAAUCAUGAAAAAAACUCGUAACUUAAAAAACAAUAAAACAAUUCAGUUCUUACUAAAUUUUAAUAGCCGAUUAGAGUUCAAUUUGUGUCUUAUGCUGGAUGAUAACUCAACAUUAAUAUCAAAAUUUAUUUUAAUAUUUAUAUUAAGAGAUUGGUACAUUGUUUUAAACAUAAUAUGCACCAGGAACAAUACCUUUUCUAAAUCAAGCAACAAAUGUCAAUAGGUGGAAUCGAGUUUUGUUGUAAUGAACAUAUUUUUCCAACUGCCUAUUUAUUAUUACACUGAAUGAAAUGGGUAAACAUUGACCUUAAAACAUCUACAUGCUUAGAAAUGAACAUAACCAAACAAAAUACAAAAAUAUAUCAAUAAGUUGUAAUUAUAUUUAUGUAGAAAAUAGUAAAUAAAAUAAGCAACAAACACGAAAACAUUCUUGAAUAUACGAAUAAAUGUUAAACAUAUAUUGAUAAUAGUACACUCAAAAAAAAAAAAAUUAAACUAUUCCUUUUUGUUUCUCAGAUAAAGUGGCCUAUUUUUUAUUUAUGGCAUUCAAACUAAAUUCAAUUGUGUUCAUGUUGAUUUCAUUAGUACAAAAUUACUAGAAUUAUGUCUUUGUGACAUGCAUUAUUUUUGCGCAGUUUAGAGACCCCUAGACUUCUAAAAAGAGAUAAAUUAGUUCGUAUUUUUCGAAAUAGUUCUUUAAGACAACAUUUCAAUUCAGUAAAGAAUUUCCUCCUCGAUCACUUUAUGGUUCCUUAAAUUGACUUAGACUUUCAAGACAUAGCAAUUUAAUGAGAGAAAACACUGUCGUUCGAAUCCAACUUAUUUGUUGUCUCAAAAGUUGUCAAAUGAAAGCAGAUGAAGCAUCCAGAGUCGUUAUUUUGCAUAUUUUAGUUACGAUUCUGUAGUUAUAAACAACUUAAGAAUUUUCUUUUUGUAGUUUUUUUCAAAUGUUGGCAAAAACAUUACAUUUAAGAUGUCUAUGAUCUUAGAUGAAAAACUAUUAAAACUAACAAAAAAAAUAAGUCGAGAACUUUAUUUACAAAGAGCACAAACUGGCAUUAAGCAACGUUGAUAUCUUACAAUUUUUAAUAUUUAUUGUUAUAUUAAUAUACAUAUAGUAACAUUACGAUUAUUUUUUUUAAUGCUUUUUGUUGUAUAAGUGAUUUUAUUUUUAAAUUUUCUUAGUACUAAGGGCAUUCAUAGUGCCUUCGACAAAAUAUCGAUUUUCCACAAAAUCGCAAGUGGAUAUGAAACAUGAACAUAUUAAAAAAGCCGAUGUUUUAAAGAACCUGCUUUGUGGAAAUUCGACACAUUUUUGUGUAUACUCACAAAUUUGUGAGUAUCGUAUAAUCAAUCCAUAGUCUAUAAACAAAAUAAUAAAAAGCAAAAAAAAAUAACAAAAAAAAUUAAAAAAAACAUAAAAUCAUUAUUAUCAUCGUCCUGUGCUGCUUUCACUAAAUUUAUGUUGAAGAAGUCUUAUUUCAUAUCGUACCAUUUUAAGGCUUUUAUUUCGAGCCAAAUAAAACAUAUUUCUAAAUAAUUAUUAGCGCCAAAAUAAUUUUGUUUCGUAAUGGACAAAUUAUAAGUUUUACUGCCGAUCCAUGAAGGAUAUUAUUAACAGUAUUUAAGUUGAAUUAUGACAGCAAGUUUGAUGACUGGUGGUAUAAACAAAUGUCAAUAAUUUAUUAAGGCGCUUAAGUUAAAAUUGUGGAUGGAAAGGGUCGAUAUGGUUCCUAUUUUAAUCCGUGCAUUUUGAGUAUUCUUUUCUAAGUAUAUUAUCUGAGUUUGGGAAAAAUAAAAACUGCAUUUUUUUUAAACAUCUCACUCACUAGGAAAAUUAAAUUUCUACAAAAAAAUAAUUAUUUACGAUAUAAACUUGCCGACUCACAUAUCUUUUUCCCUCUCUUCCUAUUCAGGAAAUACAAAAGUUCGUGGUAGCGGCGGUCAUAAUGCAAUGCAGUUGUUUUUACCGCCGGUUAUUUGCUUUAAUUACCUUGAUUUUGUAAUAAACCUGUCAAUCAAAGCCGUAAAUUAAGUAACAACCAAUUAUUUUAGCUUUCAUAAAAAUGACACAAUAACAAAUCACGACCUACAAAUUUCCAAAUGAACAAAUAAUCCAAUUCAUUUGAAAUUAAAACAUGUAUAAAUUAGGAAAAGGACGAGUCUAAUUUUGACUGAUUCUGUUUUAGAUUUUAAAUUUUAAAUUGACUUCGCCAUCAUUUUAUUAUUUUAAAGAAUGUUUUCUGUUGAACAAGAUGCAACUACAUUUAACUCCAUAGAAAUUUAAGUUUUUUCUCUUUUAUGUUUUUAAAUGAAUACAGAUGUUUCGUUUGCAAAAAAUAAAUACGAUUGUUUGUUGAAUGAAUUAUUUAAAUUCCAGUAAAACCUUUCUAAGAAUGUAAAUUGUUUUAAUGUCAAAAUUGAAAUGUUGUAAUACCGAAUUUUUAAAUUUGUCGUUUUAACUUUCUUACCCAACUCGAUUAAAUGCACGAGUCCAAGCGCAAAACAGUUGGUGUUUCUAUAAUAAAACAAAAUUCUGCUAAUAAUUUGUACAUCCCAUCUUAAAGUUGUUUUCGUCAUUCUUUGGCAGUACAAAAUUCCCAAAUAAUAGUAAUUUUAAUUUUUAGCCCGACCUGGUUUGUUUUUAUUAUUUUUUCUCCAUUCUAUCCCAACGGCUUCAUCUGUUGGUCGUCAGGGUUCCUGGUAGGCCCUUGAAACAUGACUUUUCCGUCCCGACUUUAAUGAGAUCAAAAUUACUACGAACUGCCUUUCUUACCCAAAUGUAGAGCUUUUUUUUUUUAAUAAAAAUGUCAGAAUUUUUCAGAUUCUAAAAUUCUAACUCAAAUAUCUCGAAAUCUACAAAUUUUAUAAGUUAAAGCUGAACCCAAGCUGUAUAGAAACAUUAACAUUUUAAAUGCGCUUUACAAACAAGAACCAAGAAAUGCAUUUAUAUAACGAGGAUUAAUUGGCAAAUUAAUGAGUAGGCCGACUAUUUUGCGGGUCGUUUAUGCACGCCGUAGUCAAUGCCCAUUAGCCUUUUAUUUUUUAAAAAGCUACACUCUCUUUAAAAAUGUUCACAACUAAUGAAGUUUUCUUUUUAAUAAAACAAAAUAUAUGAAAAGCGAUUAUAAAGCCGCAUACAAAAAUAAUUACAAAACCAUUAAUAAAUACCCAACAAAUUUAAUAAUAAGAAGCAACACACAUUUGAGGAAUGUCUUUGCUUUAACAACUUUGUAUUUCUAUCUUAAACGUAUUUUCUUUUGUUUUCUUUGUGAACUUAAUUUUUAUCUUUUCGUUAGUUUUUGUUACAUGUAUUAUAAUUACUGUUAGUUUGACUAACUUAUUUCCUUCCAUUAAAAUACAACGACUUGUGACAAAUUAAAACAAACAAAUGUAUAAACAUAAAAUAGAAGGACAAAAGUGAAUUUCAUAAGAUAACAAAAUAUUAAAAAUUGUAAUAUUUUAGGCACUUAAACAUAAAUUAAAAUUAAGUUUGUAAAUAAAUUAUCAACAAUCCGUUCCAAGAAAAAAAAAUAAGGAAAUACAUUUUUUUAUUAAAAAAGGUUUAACAAAAAUUCUUAGGUGUUGUUUUUUCUUUCUUUUUUUUUAUAAAAAAUAAAAAGAAAUAUAAUAUUGUCACAAAAAUAACGUCAAUAAAGUUCAUUUUCUACAAAUAAAUUAAUAAAUAAAAUAUAAUAAAAUAUUUUAUAUAAAUAAAUGUAUAAAUAGAUAUUUACUAAAUUAAAAAAAUAUCGUUAACUGAAAGCUAAACAAUAAAACAAACAACCAUACUUCUUAUGAACGACCUCUUAUUUAAAUUUAAUACAAAAAAAACCUUACAAAUCGAAAAUGCAGUAAAUAAUAUAAUACAAAUUAAAAAAUGUAUACAAAGACUGAUUUGAAAUCUAACAAAAUUAAAAAGAAAAUAAUAAACACCAAUUAAAAAAAAAAAACAUUAAAAUAAAAUAUAUCAACAAAAGUAUUACAACAUUUAAAAAUAAUUACUUUUGAAUUGUUAUAUUUAAGCUAAGUUAUAAUUGAAAAAUAGAUUCACCAUUUUUUCAAAAAUAAAUGUCCUCUUUUUUCAAUAGAUUUUUGUAUAUAUAUAAAAAAUGCUAUUAUUAAUUUUUGUCCCGAAAAAAUACAAUACAAAUAAGAUCAAAUAAUGUAUACAAAAUAGAAACGUAAGGUGAAUAACAUGUUAUCUUCGAAUCCUUUCGUUUUUAAUUUGAAGACGCCGCACAAAAUGUAUAGCAAAAGUAACUACAAUUAAUGACUUAAAAUGAAAUUUAAACAUACAGACGUUAUAUUCAUUGUAUAAAACAAUAAUGCGAUAUUUUUGUUUCAAUUACAGACAAUUUCAAAUUACAAGGACAUUACUCUGAGAACCGAUUUGAAACGAUCUCAAUGCUUGAUAUUUUCAAAAAUAUCAUUUUAUCGUCCUGCUUUUUCUUAAGAAAAUUCAGAGACUGGAUUAAUUUUAUUUUGAUUAAUGUACACAAUCAUAAUUUGUUAUAGUGUAUUAAAUGAAUUAUUCAGCAGGCAUAGAGACUUAAGGUCCAUGUUGAUUAUCUUUUAAACGUACAUUUUGUGUAGCCGUCAUUGGCAAAGCCCUGGAGUUUUUUCACCAUAAACAUCUACAGAAUUUUGAAAAAAAAAAACUGAAGCAAAAAUAUGUAUAAGAUCUAAUAGUAUUUCGAUAGAUAUUUAUAUGUACUCAUCAUGCAAAUAUUUAUCCGAAUCAGGAAGGAUUAUUUUUAAAUACAAGAUUAUAAGAAAAAAAGUUAUAAUACAACAAUAAUAUGAGAUAAUAAAACGAAGUAAUAAAAAAAUAAUUCAUACAAAAAUAUUCUUUGUGUAAUAUUCGUGGUUGUGCGUAAAAACUGUAAAAAAAAUAGAAGAAACAAAACAAAAUAUAGGAUUCAUAUUAUUAUUAAUUAUAUAGUUUGUGUUUUAGAAAAGUUAUAAAAUAUAAAAAAAGCAAAAUAAAAACAAAAACGAUGAUAAAGUGAUUAUAUUAUAAUUAUUUUUAUUGAUUUUCAAAAUAUGUUUUAUUAUUUUUCUAUGAAUGAAUUUAUCUUAAAACUAUUUUUAUAUAAAUUUAGUGGAACAAAAACACACACAAAACUAAACAUAAAACUCAUUUUUUAAGAGUAGAAUUUUAACAAAAAAAAAACAAUUGACAAAAAAAUUAAUUUUAUCUUUUUUUUUCUCAACACACACACACACACACACAACUAUUAGUUAAUAGGUUUUUAAAUUGUUUCAAUCCCCCUAAUUAUAUUUAUAUUUGUAAAUGUAAUGCCUAUCCUCUGUUGAAACAAACAAAUAUUUGCUUAUAUUAUAUAUAUAUAUAUGUAUUUAAAUGUAGCGUAUUGUAUGUGUGUAUAAUAGAACUCCAGCUGACGUACACAUUUGUAUGGAUGUAUGUCAUUUUAUUAUAUUAAUUAUUAUGUUCAUUGUGAAAUGGCUUUUGUUUUAUUUCUAUCACUAAUUCGAUAUAUGUAUUAUUUCAAAAAUAAAAAAGCCGAAUGAUAUCGGCCACAGUCCUCUAUCACAACUACAAAAAAAAAUAGACAGGGACAUUCUUAACUUAAGUAAAUUUUGUUAUGAAUUAUUAUUAUAUAAUUUAUACGUUAUUUAUUUUAUUUACUUGCUAUAUGCAUUGGAUAAUACCCUUUAGCUUGUGAAAUUCAGAAGUGUGCAGUAUUUGUAUUUGAGAUCAUUCUUAAUUCAAUAUUUCAAUUUUAAAUUCAUUUGAUACGCAAUGUAUUUUCAUACAAAAUUAAAAAGAAAUUUUGGCAUCAACAUCAGUUGUAUUUUGUUUUUUAUAAACACGAAAAAUUUGUUAGCA